AUGGCAGAUGAUUACGAAAGCCCCUCCUCCCCGGAGGAGGCGCCAGUCGAGUCGCUCAUUCAGGGGCGUGCGAAGCGAAGCACAGCCGGCCUUCAUAUGUCAGCUCUCCUGGACGCCGCUGCCGACGAUGAUCUUGCGCUCUUGUUCGAGGAAGUGGAGGAUGACAACGAGUUUGCGAUGGAUGUGGAGGAAGAAGGGGGAGAAGAGGAUGAUAUGCGCUUCGAGUCUUCCUCGGAUGAUGAGGAUGAUCAAGGACCUGAGUCUCGAGCUGACGACAUGGAAGGGGAGCAACAACUACAGAAGGAGGAGCGACAAGAGAAGAAAAAAAAGAGAGCGCGAGAAGACCUUCGAUUCAAGAUAGCCAGCAAGAAGGUGAAAAUCGAUCCUACUGCUGUGUCUACAGUGCCUACUCCUCGCCCCAAGAAGAAGUCAGAGCGUAUCUCAUGGAUCCCCACGCCGGAAGAAGGGCCCACGCGAUCAUCCUCUCGUCGCCAGACUAUGCAGAACAAGGAACUUACGCAUGCACGCCUGAAGGACAGCGAAGAGAAGCGCAUCCGCCUCAUUGCCACCAUGGAGGAGGCAGCUAAAAGGAAGGCCCAGUUCAAGCCGAAGGAGAUGACGCAAGCCGAGCGUCUUGCAGAAGCCGAAAGGGUGGAGAGGCAUAACAGCAAGAGUCUUAACCGAUGGGAAGAAAUGGAAAAGAGGAAGGCUGAAGAAAGACGUGCGAAGAUCGAGGCCCUUCAAAAUCGCCGCCUUGAAGGUCCGGUUAUGUCGUACUGGAGUGGCAUAGCAACCUGGGUUAAUGGUCGCUUAACGCGCAUUGGCAAGGUUGAUGUAACGCCAAAACCGGAGAAGGAGGAUAAUAAUACACGCAAGAAAAGCAAGAAGACGGACAAAGAGAAUAAAAUUGUGAUAGAGCAAAACCCGACCGAGAAUCCUAUUGUUGUUGGUUCUGCCACGUCGCAAACAGCCCCUCCUCCCACCCAAACUGAGGGUUCUACGCUACCACAAACAUCCGGCGACGGAGAGCCUGCAAAACCGAACCAAAACCCUGAACAGCAGCAAACAAGCUCUGAGCCCACUCAGACCAAUGGCGCAAUAUCCCAAGAGAAACCCGUUGAUACACCAGUGGAGGCACCCACAGAUACGCCAAAGAAGGCACCCACGAAUGAACCCACCGAUACGCCAAUGGAGGAACCCACCCCCUCUCAGGUGAACACAGAGGCUCCUGCUGCUGCUGAUCCUGUACAGCCUGCCACAACUGCAGUCAACGACGAGUCUGCUACAGAAGCAGUGCCAGAAUCAGGUUCAUCAAAAGUCGAAGAUGAAAAGAAAGAGGAAGCUACUGAGACCAAGGCUCCAGAUGCAGCUCCGGAAGAGGGCACGUCAGAUGAGAAGCCAAAUGUACAACAAAAAGACGACACUAUACACGCAGUUGACGCUCAACAGCCCACGUCGCAGCAGUCUGGCGAGAAGCCUACGCUAGAAUCCGAACAGCAGCCUGACCGAGAUCCACCAUCUGCGGCCGCAAAGUCCGAUGACGCAUCGAAGGAAACAGUCCCUGACCCAACCGCAGCCGCUGAAGCUGUAUCUGAGCCUGCUAGGAUGCAGCAGGAGCUGUCUCCUACUACAGUACCAGAUGUUACUGUCGCCCCUUCGCAGACUAACCCGCAGAAGGAGACGUCCAAUCAAACACAACCGGGCCAAGAGGCUCCGGAGGUGCAUACAGACCAGCCAGUUGUUGUGACUGAGGAAACCCCACAACCGGAGGUUCCAGAGGCCCCUCCAGUUAUCGAGCAAACAGGACGAACCCUUACGGUGUUGGAGAACUUUGAUGACAAGACCGCCCAAAGUCGCGAGUUCAGUAUCUACUUCAACGCAAAGAAACCUCCUAGGCUAACCAAAAUCUCUUCAUCCCUCUGCGUUAUUACAUCACUUCCCUCGCGCUAUCGGGAUCCCGAGACCUCCCUGCCCUUCGCAAACUCACAUGCUUACAAUGAAAUCCGACAUACGGUGGCACAAAAGUACAGUUGGAGCCCGAUGCUGGGAUGCUACGUUGGUCCUGUCGGAGUCGCUGCGCGAGGAGUACCGGCGCGGUUCCUCGGCGGCCCUGAAGCAAAAGAAGAAGAAGCAAAAGAGAACGGAAAGGGCGAUAAAGGCGCUAACAACGAGGCCACCACUACUACUGACAAAACAGAAAAAAAAAAAGAGAAAGAGAACGAAGCAAAGACUUCCACCGGAGAGGCUCCUCCAUCUACAUCCAGCCCUUCAGCUGCAGCUGCACCCGCUUCCGCACCCACACCAACAGCCACCCCCGUUGCAGCUACCGUGGGCGAUCCAAUGGAUGUCGAUAAAUGA